AUGCUGCGCCACAACUCUCUUCCACCAUUUAUCCAUCCAUCCUUAGUGCAUUCCGAGUUUUCCAUGGAACCGCUGAUUAACUGCAUUAAUUUGGUGCAUAUGAUCAGCGGUGAGAUGAAAGGAAAUCGAAAGCUGUUCUGGAGAAAUGUGCGCAUGGAGUGUGAACGGCUGUGCGAUGAGGGUCCGACAUUGUCGAAAUGGGAGCUGCUUGCUGCUAUGCAAGCCCUAGCUAUUUACAUCAUUAUACGGCUUGAUGACGGAGAAACGGAGUACAAUGGCUUCGAUUCACUUUUAAUUGCGGCAGUUACAGUUGUGGCUCAAAAACUGACUGAAAAUGACAUUGCGGGAAACUUCAGUCUCGACGGAAGUUGGGAAGAUUGGCUUUUCGAGGAAUCAAGACGAAGAUUAUCUGUUGUUUACAAAGUUUUCAACAUGCUGUUCUACUUUAACCCCGCAGAAAUGUGCAAUUUACCCAUGGAUCUGGUUCUCGCACCACUGCCAGCAAAGAAACAGCUUUGGGAAGCAGGCAAUGAGGCUGUGUGGAAGUCAGAAAGCCAAAGAGAAGGCGAAGUUCAGGCUGAAUUUGGUUUAACUAACAGCGGGGAUUUGGUCAAACUUGGUGAGAAUAACGGUGGGACAGCGCUGGUCCAUACAUCUAUUACUGCGAACAACCCAGCGAGGACUACUGCAAAUUGGGAGGAGUGGUGCGAGGGAAUGGAUGGGUUUGGUGGGCUUGUUAUGCUUGCUGCUUCUAUGGUGGUAUAG